UGUACAAACUGUAAACUUUCGAACACCAUUUUGGUGUAGUACGGUAAAUUGCGCAGAACCGGAAGUGAUUGUCAACAGAGCUGAUCGUUUAGAGACGAUUAGCAAUACAAACGUCAACACGUCUAACGUAGUAAUAACACAAAGUAAUAACGGCGCAUAACGGAUCUUUGAACAUGACAGAAAUCUUCUCCUCACUAUACGGACAGCCUGAUCCCCAGGGUCCUGCGGGAGGGUCUGCGCUUGGGUUUGGGCCUGGAAAAGUGCCCCAAAACAUGAUGUCGUUCUCCCAUCAGAUGGUGGAUGAAGGACCCCCGCUAAGAAAACCCGCGGCGAUGAAUGAGCCGUUUUACCUCCUGCGUGAGCUGCCCAUGGAGAAUGAACUGACAGGACACACUAAUCUCAUCACACACUACAACCUGGAACACGCUUAUAACAAGUUCUGUGGAAAGAAGGUGAAGGAGAAACUCAGCAACUUCCUACCAGAACUUCCUGGUAUGAUUGACAGCCCCGGUAUUCAGGACAACAGCUCUCUACACUCUCUCAUUGAGAAACCACCAGUGUGCAACAACUCCUUCAGUCCCUUCACCGGUGCAAUGCUAACCGGAUUCAGGCUACACACAGGCCCUUUGCCAGAGCAAUACAGACUGAUGCACAUCCAGCCACCGAAGAAGAAGAACAAACACAAGCAUAAGCAUCACAGACCGCAGGAUCCCCUACCACCAGAAACUCCUUCAGAUUCAGACCAUAAGAAGAAGAAGAAAAAGAAAGAUGAUGACCCGGACAGAAAGAAAAAGAAGAAAGAUAAGAAGAAGAAGAAGAAUCGCCAUAGUCCUGAUCACCCAGGUAUGACAGGGUCUCAGUCCAGCAGCAGUAAUCUGAGAUAAAAAAAAAUGCCUGGUUCACAGACGAACAGGAGGGAGUUGAAGCACAACCUGAAAGAUUGGGCCUCAACAGAUGUUACACUUCUAAUGUUUUGCAGUUUGUAUAUACUGUAUGUGUGUGAGGACAUCAUUAAUGUAUUAUCGGUAACCCAUCAUAUGCGUUACAUUUCUAAGUGUUGAAGCGUCAAAGUGCCUCUGUGUCUAUUUAUGAGUAUGAUGAAAAAUUUAUACAUUUUCAUUCAACUUUUUAAGAACAUGUUUUACAAAUAAAAAAAAACAGAAAAAUUG